UUAUCCUUUAAAUACUAACUAAUCAACAAUUAUUUGAAAACCUCAAUGCAGAGAAACCCAACACCCCCCGCUCACCCCUCCCCCUCCACAAUUCCUCUCUCUCGCUCUCUCUCUAUAUAUAUAUAUAUCGCCCCAGCAUAGAUCGACGACCUUAGCGUACUCCUCAUCACCCCCUCCACCGCCUCUCUCCUCGCCGCUUCUUAACGUAGUAGUGCGGGUGCCGGGGGAAGGAGAUGCUCGCGUUUGCCCUAGCGCCGGCGGCGGCGGCGGCGGCGGCGAGGAGGUGCGCCGCCGCAUCCGUUCCCGGGGCGGCGCCGCCGGGGUUAGGGUUGCGGGGGUGGGGGAGGAGCGGGGGUGGGGAGGUGGCGAGGUCGAGGAGUCGGCGGAGCGAGAGCGUCGCAAUGGAGCCGGGGGGGGCGCGGCGGGGAUGCGGCCGAGACAGGCCAGCGAUGAAGGGUACAUAUGAAGGAGCUUAAGUCGCUUUCUGGUUGGAGAGAUAGGAUUGGUGAUAACGGAAAUUGUCUGCCAUCUUGAGAACAAAUACUGGUGAUAUCCGUUAUUGUAUGAUAGUUCAGCUCUUUAAUGCAAGUGAUGGAGAACCUUGUAAGGACUACUGUUGGAAUGUCAACAAACAUCGUAUGGCAUGAGUGUUCGAUUGGUAAACUUGAGAGGCAAAAUCUAUUGAUGCAAAAAGGAUGUGUCAUAUGGAUCACAGGUUUCAGUGUUUCAGGAAAAAGCACUCUUGCAUCCAUGCUUAACCGACAGUUGCAUUGCAGAGGACAUGUUUCUUAUGUCCUUGAUGGUGACAAUCUUAGACAUGGUCUAAACAAAGAUCUGAGUUUCAAAGCAGAGGAUCGUGCAGAAAACAUAUGCAGAGUUGGGGAAGUAGCAAAGCUUUUUGCGGAUGCUGGUGUAAUAUGCACGGCCAGUUUGAUCUCUCCAUACAGAAGAGACCGAGAUGCUUGCCGUGCUCUAGUGCCCGAUUCUAUGUUUAUUGAAGUUUUCAUGGAUGUGCCCCUGAAGGUUUGUGAAGAAAGGGAUCCAAAAGGCUUGUAUAAACUAGCACGCGCAGGAAAGAUCAAAGGUUUUACUGGAAUAGAUGAUCCAUAUGAGCCACCCAUGGAUUGUGAGAUAGUAAUACAGUUGAAAGACGGAAAAUACCAGACCCCUAAAGCUAUGGCUGAACAAGUAGUCACUUACCUCGAAGAGAAUGGAUAUUUGAAGGCAUAGCAUCAUUUUGAAUUCGUUUUGCAACGUGUGAACUCACUAAUCGCAUACAAUCAGUGACUCAGUAAGUAUUAGAGUACAGUAGAGCACAAGAAACAACCAGUUUCGGUGCGUCUUCUUUUGCUGCACUAUCUGUUGAAUCCUUCCUUCAAAGUUAACAUACAUACGUACAUACACACGCAUACAUCGGUCUUAUUUGUAUAUGUUAAAUUGUGCAGUUAUCAGAUUGUAGCAGAGUAAUGUCUUGUUUUAUGUACAAUAAUAAUAUGACAAUGUAGCAUUUGAUGGUUUUAA